CCUGCAUUUAGUAAGAGGAAGCGUUUUGUUGACAAUUGAAGUUUUGAGUGUAAAGUUGUGUCUUCAGGAUGGAUGAAGGAUUUGAAGGGUUUGAGGAAGAGGAGUCUGAUUUACCACUUGGACAGACCCUUUCUGGAAGAAAGCGCUUAUUUUCAAAAGAACUUCGUUGCAUGAUGUACGGCUUUGGUGAUGAUCAGAAUCCAUAUACAGAAAGUGUUGAUCUUCUAGAGGAUCUCGUAAUUGAAUUCAUUACAGAAAUGACACACAAAGCUAUGGAAAUUGGAAGGACAGGAAGGGUUCAGGUUGAGGAUAUUGUUUUCCUUGUGCGAAAAGAUGCUAGGAAAUAUGCACGUGUGAAGGAUUUACUUACAAUGAAUGAAGAACUGAAGAAAGCCAGGAAGGCAUUUGAUGAAGUGAAGUAUGUGGGGACGUAGAAUGUGACUUGAUAGGCUUCUGUGUAAAUUUAUAUUUUUGUAAAAAAGUGUAUUUAUAAAUAAACAACAUUUUGUCGACUAUA